CCACCCAUCCCCCGCAGCGCUGAGCUGUUCACAAUGGCCUCCUCUGGGCUUUCCCGGCGACGAGCGCCGGCUACAAGCACCGACCGUGACGAAGACCGCACCCAAUCGACCACUCCUCCACUGAACAAUUCCUCGUCUGAAAAUGGCACAAGCACACAUGCUGGGUCGGCGUUUGCAGGCGGCUCGCGUGUAGCUUUCGAUCCACGCGACCUUGUUCUUGAGGCUGGCGAGGACGCUCGAGUUGGCGGGAAGCUUCCUCGUUUAACGCUGAUGGAGGAAGUGCUGCUGCUCGGUAUCAAGGACAAGCAGGGGUAUCUCAGCUUCUGGAACGACAACAUCAGCUAUGCCCUGCGAGGCUGCAUACUCAUUGAACUCGCGCUCAGACGGAGAAUUGGCAUUGUGAGGGACCCUGGACGCAAACGCCUACCGCUGCCAGAUCGGUUGGUGACUGUGCUGUCCACGCGCCAGACUGGAGAGACAUUGUUGGACGAGACAUUGAAGAUGAUGAAGCAAACUGAAGACUCGGGUGAAAAGAUGGGGGUGGGGACAUGGGUUGACUUGCUCAGUGGUGAAACUUGGAAUGUGCUCAAGAUCGGCUUCCAGCUCAAACAAGUUCGCGAGCGUUUGGCGAAAGGCUUAGUCGACAAGGGCGUUCUUAGAACGGAAAAGACGAACUUUUUGUUGUUUGAUAUGGCAACACAUCCAGUAGCGGACGCGCAUGUCAAGGCUGGCGUCGUCAACCGCGUGGUGGCACUAUUGACUAGCGGGACGAGCGCAGUUCCACCACAAGCCCUGGACGCGGAAGGCACUCAAUGCCGGACCCUUCGUUCUGUCUGCCUUGUUUGCUCAGCCUACACCGCCUCCGUACUUGAUAAUGCAUUUGGCCGACUAGGAUACGAGGAGCGGGAAGCGGCGUUUGGCAGAUGUGAUGAAAUACUUGCAGAGUUUGCUGUCUGGCCAUUUGGUGGUGGCACAGGUGGCACCGAAUCUAAACGCAAAAACCGUAUUGCAACUGGGUCUGGUGGUGUUGACGUCGGGCGGGAGAGUGUCCGCGGACUUGUCGCCGCAGCUCGAACUGAGGCUAUCGGUGGGGACGAGGAUGCCGGCUUUGAGCUGAUUGCGGCGGUCCUGGAGGUCCUCAGCAAGCUUGAUUCGUUGCUAUGA